AUGCAUGGACUUUUGCUUGCGGGGCUGUUGGCUCUCCCCUUGAAUGUGCUUGCUCACCCUACUGAAUCACACAGCUCUGGUGUAAGCCGAAGGGCCAUUGAUAUCACUUCAUAUCGCCUUCCCCAAAUAUCCAAAUAUACCAAGAGCGACGCCGUUCCUAAGCAGGAUGGCGAGAGCUUCACUACCUCGAGCACUGGGGAUGACAAUGUCAGCUCUGGUGACUACGUCACUACAGCCACCAACUGGUUGAAGAAGACCCUUCCAAAGGCAACUUAUCGUCUUGUCAACGAUCACUAUAUCGGUGAUAGCGGAAUUGGCCAUGUCCACUUCCGUCAGACUGCUCACGGAAUUGAUAUUGACAACACCGAUUUCAAUGUUAACAUUGGUCGUGAUGGAAAGGUCUUUUCGUUCGGAAACUCCUUUUAUGAUGGAGAGAUCCCCAAGGCCAACCCAAUGGUCAAGCGUGACUUCUCAGACCCCGUCAAUGCUUUGCACGGAGCAAUUCAAACUUUGAAUCUUCCUGUCACCGCGAAGCCUGAGAAUGUCAAGGCGAAGCCUGUUGAGGGUAAAGAGAACUUCAAGUUUGAAGGUACCUCCGGAGCCCUUUCCGAUCCCAAGGCCCAACUUGUCUACCUGCAGAAGGACGGUGGCCUAGUUCUCAGCUGGAAGGUUGAGACUGAUGUUGGUGACAAUUGGCUGCUCACAUAUGUUGAUGCAAACAAGAACGACCAAGUCCACUCUGUCGUUGACUACGUUUCAGCUGCCGAAUACCAAGUAUAUCCCUGGGGCAUCAAUGACCCUACUGAGGGAAACCGAACCUCCAUUCACCUUCCUUGGCUCAAGACCCUGUCCACCGACUGGCACAUUGAUGGCAAAGGCUGGUACCCAACUACUCGGGGCAAUAAUGCUAUUGCUCAGGAGAACCCUACCGGCCAUCCUGAAUACGAAAACAACUACCGCCCAAAGAGUCCUCUUUUUAUCUUUAAGUAUCCAUACAGUUUGGCAAUGACCCCUCCAUCAUCGUAUAGAGAUGCAUCCAUCACCCAGCUAUUCUAUACCACUAAUGUUUACCAUGACGUGCUUUACAUCCUUGGCUUCAACGAGAAAGCAGGAAACUUCCAGAUUAACAACUGGAACAAGGGUGGUGUUGGAGGAGACUUUGCUAUCCUUAACUCCCAGGAUGGGUCUGGCGUAAACAACGCCAACUUUGCUACGCCUCCUGAUGGUCAGCCAGGACGUAUGAGAAUGUACACCUGGAACGCUUCUACUCCAGAGCGUGAUGGCUGCUUCGAGGCUGGCAUUGUCAUCCAUGAAUACACUCAUGGAGUCUCCAACCGACUGACCGGAGGUCCAGAGAAUUCUCGCUGCUUGGCCGCUCUUGAAUCUGGUGGCAUGGGCGAGGGAUGGAGUGACUUCUUUGCUACCGCCAUCCGCCUAAAGCCUGGAGAUACCCGUGCUACUGACUAUACCAUGGGCGAGUGGGCAUCCAACCGACCAAACGGUAUCCGCAAAUACCGCUACUCCACCAGCCUUACCACUAACCCACACAUGUACGUUGAUGCCGAUGGCUUGACCUCUGUCCAUGCCAUUGGUACCAUUUGGGCUUCUAUGCUCUACGAGCUUCUCUGGAACUUGAUCGAUAAGCACGGCAAGGGAGACGUCACCAAGAUCAGGCCAGUCCUGAAGAAUGGUGUCCCGACUGACGGCCGCCACCUCGCUAUGAAGAUCGUUCUCGACGGCAUGGCCCUUCAACCAUGUCUCCCCAACUUUGUCCAAGCCCGUGACGCCAUCCUCGACGCUGACAAGAACCUCACCCAGGGGUCCAACAAAUGUGAGAUCUGGAAGGCAUUCGCUAAGCGCGGUCUCGGUGUCGGCGCUGCCUUUAACCAGACCAAGAGAACCGGAAGCAACGAGCUUCCUGCUGGCUGCUGA